GGCUGCCGAGAAGAAGGAAGCCGAGGCCGCGCAGGUCGCCGCCGAAGAAUCUAAAGCGACGCAAGAGCAAGCGACCGCCGCCGAACCUCCGCCAGUCUCUCAGUCACUUCCCUCAGCCGUGCCCUGUAAUCCUCCCCUCAUGCCCCCUGAACUGAUUGAUUCAACCUCUGCCGCCUCCUUACCUUACACUCCUCAACUCUCCUCCCAAGCCACGAUUUCAGCGAGCAGCGCAGAGGCUUACCCUACUUCCUCUCUGGGAUUGUCUGUCUCUGUCCCCUCUGUCGACCCUCUUAUGCCAUCAAGCCUACCCACCACCUCGCUCAUCCCGUCGGUCCCUUCCGUGCCAUCGUCAAACGUCCAACCCGCAUAUUCCAUCCCCUUGCAUGUUUCUUCAUCAUCAUCAUCAUUUAACGCUUCUUCCACUCCACCCAUCCUCGUGGUUUCUUCUUCGUCAUCUAACGCUCCUUCUUCUUCGCCCAUACUUGUCGUUUCCACUUCUCCGUCAUCAGAAAUUCCAUCAACAUCGCCCAUCCUCGAGGUUCCUUCGUCCCUAUCAGUUGACGUCCCGCUUUCCCAACAAAGCGUUCCCCUUGACAAGCCCCCUUCGCGCCCUUCCCCAUUACCGUCUCUCCACACAGCUUCCCCUUUUUUGUCCCCACCCUCCGAUGUGCCUAUCCCCACUACCCCAACCAUCCAUGCCUUCAUGCCAUCCACGUCUCCUCCUCCAUUACUCCUGCUUGCUGCGGCUUGUCUAUCAGCCGCUGAUAAAAACAAAAACAAACAACAACGAAAACGAAAAGAUUGUAAAAGAAAAUCUAUUUUCUCCUCAUCUGCUUUACACGUCAUGGUGAAGGAGUUCAGAGUUGACUUCAGUGACUACAUGCGUCGGGUCAUGAGCUUCAUGGCACGGAACUUCUACAACCUCAAGUACAUGGCGCUUGUGCUGGCAUUCUGCAUCAACUUCUUGCUUCUUUUCUACAAG